AUGUCCCGGAGGACGUUGGGAGGAGGUCGUGUUCUAGGCACCCCGACUGCGCUUUCAUCCGCCCCGUCCCCGUCCCCGCAGCCGAAGCCAAGACUGCUUUCGCCGACCGCUAGCAGCUUGUCCCUCAGUUCCCAGACAUCCGUCUCGCAGUUCUCAUCGGAGACGCAAGAUCUCACCUCUCGCAUCUCGCUCGAAAAUGGCGACACCUCCAUCUCUGCGGCGCCGUCGGCCCCUGGAGCUCAGCUCUCAUGCCCAAUCUGCAGUGAGGAGAUGGUCACACUGCUCCAGCUCAAUAGACAUCUCGACGACAUUCACCAAAACCUCGAAGACGAUCGGCAAGAUGAAGUGAAGGAUUGGUUCAAAGUGCAGAUGGAGAAAGCAAGGAAGUUUCAGCCUUUAGCUGUGCUAAACCAAAAACUCAAGGGUCUGGAUGUCUUCGAAUCAAACGAAAAUCAAUCUGCCUCUGCCUCCGCCGCCAGCCGUCCAUUAGCCUCUCAUAUAGGAACAUCUGAGGUUAUCUCCAGGCCACUUGAUCCCGAAGACCUGAUCACCAAGGCGCACUGGCAAGCCGGUUGCCUUUAUGACACAUGUUUGGAGCCAUCCUGCGGCAAACGACUAAAUGGAACCAAUGGCUGCGUUAAUUGUCGGAAAUGCGGCAAACUCUUUUGCGAAGAACAUACCAUGUAUCAAAUGAAGCUGUCCCGCUCAGCGCAACCCGAACCAGUACGAGGGAUUUGGGCCCGAGUAUGUGAGACGUGUUACAAGUCAAGAGAGGGGUAUAAUGAUCACAAUGGAGCCACAAGUGAUCACACUCAAACAUUCAAGUCAAUAAGAAAACAAAUAGUGGAUAAAGACUUCCUCGAGAUUUCGAGGCUCGAGAAACGAUUAACACGACUUACGCAGCUCCUGGCCAGUCUACCUCCGGAUCAAAUACAGUCCAGCGCAACUAAAUUAUUCUCCAUAUCUUGGCAGAGCGACCAGCGAAAGGCUUUAGAACAGACUAUUGUCAGCUGGCAAGAUGAUGCCAGUGUUUCGCGGUGCCCAUUUUGUCAACAGGACUUCUCAGGGUACUCUUUUUGGAGACAUCAUUGCAGGACUUGUGGGCGGGUUGUCUGUGGUGAUCCCAACACAGGUUGUUCUAGUGAAGAGGGACUAAGUAUUGCACCUUUAUCAAAAACAUCCGAGAAAGCUGCCGCGGAAGACUUGGUCAAUGUGGACGUACGGCUCUGUAAGGAGUGCAAAGUAACGUUAUUUGAUCGCCGUGAUUUCCAGGCGGAUCUUUCCCGGAAACCACCUGAGGUCAGGGCGUAUGAGAAUUUGAUACAGUUUGAAAGGGGCAUUCGCCUCCAUCUUCCCAGAUUUCAAAAACUUCUCAUGGCGCUACAGGAUCCCAGAAGACCACCUUCUUCGGCACAAAUUGCAGACGCUUCCAAGGUCCGCAAGCGACUGAUUGACUCGUUCGCAAAGUAUGAUGUUGCCGCUCGACGGAUUAGAGAUUUGCCCACCAAGUCUCCCUCUCAACAGCGAUUGCAAAAAGCGAUAUAUCAACAGGCUAGCAACUUCCUUCAUCUCCAUAUGCUACCAUUGAAGUCUCUUCCCAAAGUUCUGAAGCACGCAUCUCCAUCCGGAGAUCGUAUACCAAGUCGCACUUCAUCGCCAAGUACUCCAGCAGAUGGAUCACCCGCCCCCACUAAACCGCAGGAUUCUGCACUCUCUUCAAUUAAAUAUAAUAACCGUGUUGCUGCCAGCGGCAGCAACGCCAGUCUCGCCAGUGAUGCAAGUAGCGCCGUCUCCGCCCUUGAGGCAGAAGAAAAGUCUUUACGCGAACGGCUCAUCGUCCUAGAAGAGCAGAAAUUCUUUGUUUCCGAGAUGAUCGCAGAUGCCAACCGUCGGCGCAAGUUUGAUGAGGUUAGUAGUCUCGCCGUGAAUGUGGAAGAUCUCAGUCGCGAAAUCGACCGGGUCAACGGCAUGCUAGCCGGUCUUGAUUUCGAGGGUCUCUAUACUGGCAGCAACAACUUGCAGAUUACAGGUUGA